AUGCUUGAUAUCGCUCGGAUUCGCGCUGAAACACCAGGUACUGAACAUGUAAUUCAUUUCAACAAUGCCGGAGCUUCAUUAAUGCCGGCAAGUGUUUGUCAUAUUAUGCAGACAUAUCUUGCUGAUGAAAGCAAGUUUGGUGGCUAUGAAAUGGAAGAUAAAUAUGCAUGUGACUAUGACAAAGUCUACCAACUACUUGCUCAAUUGAUCAAUUGUAAAUCCAAAGAAAUUGCCAUCACGGACAGUGCAACAACUGCUUGGGAUCGAGCGUUCUAUGCGCUUCCUUUCCGCAAAGGUGACAAGAUUCUGACAUCAAUCACUGAAUAUGCAAGCAAUUACAUCGCUUAUUUACAAAUGAUGAAACGAAUCGGUGUUAGCAUCGAAGUUAUUCCAAAUGAUCGAAACGGACAGAUUUGUGUCGAAGCGUUAGAGAAGAUGAUUGAUGAAAAUGUGAAACUCAUAUCUGUUAGCCAUAUACCGACGAAUGGAGGAUUGGUCAAUCCAGUCGAGGCCAUUGGAACGAUCGCUCGAAAGUACAACGUUUGGUAUUUGAUCGAUGCAUGCCAGUCGAUCGGGCAAGUGCCGAUCGAUGUUCAACAAAUCGGUUGUGAUAUGCUUUCAGCUAGUGGACGGAAGUUUCUACGUGGUCCACGCGGUACUGGAUUUUUGUUCAUGAGCGAAAAGAUGCUGAAAUUCUUAGAACCAUUUUGCCUCGAUUUACAUUCGGCUGAAUGGAAAAGUCAAAAUGAAUAUGAGUUCCGAAAAGAUGCACGAAUGUUUGAAAUCUCCGAAUGUAACAUUGCUGCAAAAUUAGGUUUAACUUAUGCUGUUCAGAAUACAUUAGAUCUUGGCAUAGAACAUAUCUGGCAACGAAUUCAACAGCUAGGAGAACUAUUUCGCAAGAAACUGUCGAUGAUCGAUUGUGUUCUAGUACAAGAUCUGGGACAGAUCAAGUGUGGAAUCGUUACCUUUACUGUCGAGAUUGAUGGAAUGGAUAUGGUGAAACUAUGCAAACAACUUCGCGAAAGAAAGAUCAAUACUUCGGUAGCAGUGCGUCAUCAUACCCUGAUCGACAUGACUGCAAGAAAUCUAAAUCAUAUGAUUCGAGCCUCGAUCCAUUAUUUCAAUACCGAAGAAGAAAUUGACACUUUUUGUCGGAUAUUACAGGACUUGAUUCACACAUCUGUUUUCAUGUAA